AUGGAACCGACCGCUCAAGCCAAAGAAACGGAUCCAUACCUGAAGACUAUUAUUGGAGAACUGAAGCCACGCCUUAUAAUAUUGGAUCAUUUUAUCAAUUACCCAUCUAUUGUGAAAUCAGGUAUACCCUGGAUAUUCAGUUGGAAUGAUAGCGCACUAUCACUGGAUUUGGGUUAUCCUGAUAAACGGCUGCCCCCAUCGUAUUUGGCACUCGUAUCUAUGAAAGACAUCCCAAACCACAACCCAAUGAGUCCUCCGAUGUUUGACAGGAAGUCAACGAAAGAAUACUUUUUGUCGGAUUUGUAG